AUGAGAAAAUUAUACUGCGUAUUAUUAUUGAGCGCCUUUGAGUUUACAUAUAUGAUAAACUUUGGAAGAGGACAGAAUUAUUGGGAACAUCCAUAUCAAAAUAGUGAUGUGUAUCGUCCAAUCAACGAACAUAGGGAACAUCCAAAAGAAUACGAAUAUCCAUUACACCAGGAACAUACAUACCAACAAGAAGAUUCAGGAGAAGACGAAAAUACAUUACAACACGCAUAUCCAAUAGACCACGAAGGUGCCGAACCCGCACCACAAGAACAAAAUUUAUUUUCAAGCAUUGAAAUAGUAGAAAGAAGUAAUUAUAUGGGUAAUCCAUGGACGGAAUAUAUGGCAAAAUAUGAUAUUGAAGAAGUUCAUGGUUCAGGUAUAAGAGUAGAUUUAGGAGAAGAUGCUGAAGUAGCUGGAACUCAAUAUAGACUUCCAUCAGGGAAAUGUCCAGUAUUUGGUAAAGGUAUAAUUAUUGAGAAUUCAAAUACUACUUUUUUAACACCGGUAGCUACGGGAAAUCAAUAUUUAAAAGAUGGAGGUUUUGCUUUUCCUCCAACAGAACCUCUUAUGUCACCAAUGACAUUAGAUGAAAUGAGACAUUUUUAUAAAGAUAAUAAAUAUGUAAAAAAUUUAGAUGAAUUGACUUUAUGUUCAAGACAUGCAGGAAAUAUGAUUCCAGAUAAUGAUAAAAAUUCAAAUUAUAAAUAUCCAGCUGUUUAUGAUGACAAAGAUAAAAAGUGUCAUAUAUUAUAUAUUGCAGCUCAAGAAAAUAAUGGUCCUAGAUAUUGUAAUAAAGACGAAAGUAAAAGAAACAGCAUGUUUUGUUUUAGACCAGCAAAAGAUAUAUCAUUUCAAAACUAUACAUAUUUAAGUAAGAAUGUAGUUGAUAACUGGGAAAAAGUUUGCCCUAGAAAGAAUUUACAGAAUGCAAAAUUCGGAUUAUGGGUCGAUGGAAAUUGUGAAGAUAUACCACAUGUAAAUGAAUUUCCAGCAAUUGAUCUUUUUGAAUGUAAUAAAUUAGUUUUUGAAUUGAGUGCUUCGGAUCAACCUAAACAAUAUGAACAACAUUUAACAGAUUAUGAAAAAAUUAAAGAAGGUUUCAAAAAUAAGAACGCUAGUAUGAUCAAAAGUGCUUUUCUUCCCACUGGUGCUUUUAAAGCAGAUAGAUAUAAAAGUCAUGGUAAGGGUUAUAAUUGGGGAAAUUAUAACACAGAAACACAAAAAUGUGAAAUUUUUAAUGUCAAACCAACAUGUUUAAUUAACAAUUCAUCAUACAUUGCUACUACUGCUUUGUCCCAUCCCAUCGAAGUUGAAAACAAUUUUCCAUGUUCAUUAUAUAAAGAUGAAAUAAUGAAAGAAAUCGAAAGAGAAUCAAAACGAAUUAAAUUAAAUGAUAAUGAUGAUGAAGGGAAUAAAAAAAUUAUAGCUCCAAGAAUUUUUAUUUCAGAUGAUAAAGACAGUUUAAAAUGCCCAUGUGACCCUGAAAUGGUAAGUAAUAGUACAUGUCGUUUCUUUGUAUGUAAAUGUGUAGAAAGAAGGGCAGAAGUAACAUCAAAUAAUGAAGUUGUAGUUAAAGAAGAAUAUAAAGAUGAAUAUGCAGAUAUUCCUGAACAUAAACCAACUUAUGAUAAAAUGAAAAUUAUAAUUGCAUCAUCAGCUGCUGUCGCUGUAUUAGCAACUAUUUUAAUGGUUUAUCUUUAUAAAAGAAAAGGAAAUGCUGAAAAAUAUGAUAAAAUGGAUGAACCACAAGAUUAUGGGAAAUCAAAUUCAAGAAAUGAUGAAAUGUUAGAUCCUGAGGCAUCUUUUUGGGGGGAAGAAAAAAGAGCAUCACAUACAACACCAGUUCUGAUGGAAAAACCAUACUAUUAA